GUGCCUCUUGCCUGUCGAAGAUACUAAAAAACACAUCGGUAUUUACACAAGCAGACCUACUCCCUCUCCCUUCUUUCAGUUUCCUUGAAACUCGAAGAUCUACUCCGCUUCUCUUCUUACAACUACGAUGCGGAGCCUAAUUUCAAGAGCUAGACUCCUCGCCGCCACCUUAUCGGCCGGGGGAUCAGCAUCGACGUGGUUUCACCAGCCGGUGCGCAGGUACAGCCUCAUCCCCAUGGUGAUAGAGCACUCGUCGCGAGGCGAGCGCGCCUACGAUAUCUUCUCCCGCCUCCUCAAGGAGCGAAUCGUGUGCAUCAAUGGCCCCAUCUCCGACGACACCUCCCACGUCGUCGUUGCCCAGCUCCUCUUCCUCGAGUCCGAGAACCCCUCCAAACCUAUCCACAUGUACCUCAACUCCCCCGGCGGCGCCGUCACCGCAGGUCUUGCCAUUUAUGAUACCAUGCAGUACAUCCGGUCUCCAAUCAAUACAAUUUGUUUGGGCCAAGCUGCCUCGAUGGCAUCUCUUCUUUUAUCAGCAGGGACCAAGGGGGAAAGACGAUCUCUCCCGAAUGCAACAGUUAUGAUUCAUCAGCCUUCGGGAGGAUACAGUGGGCAGGCGAAGGAUAUGACAAUUCACACAAAGCAGAUUGUUCGGGUUUGGGAUUCGCUAAAUGCCCUGUAUUCAAAGCACACGGGGCAGUCGAUAGAGAUAAUUCAGAAGAAUAUGGAUAGAGAUUACUUUAUGACACCAGAUGAGGCCAAGGAGUUUGGGAUUAUUGAUGAGGUUAUUGAUGAAAGACCAAUGGCUUUGGUGACAGAUGCUGUUGGAAAUGAAGGAAAGGACAAAGGUUCAACCGCAGAGACUGUAUCGAGCAAAUGGAUUACCGAAGAUAAUUUGGUUAGGCAAGGAUCCUUGAGCUUGUAUAUUGGCCUCGAUGCACCCUUAUCUCAGGGAUUUGAUGUGUGCUACCGUUGCAAGGACAAAGCUGGGAAAAGGAAGGAGGAGGAGGAGGAGGAGGCGGUAAACAAGACGACGUUGGUUAUUCCAUUGGACGCAAUCGCCGGGGAUCUGAAGAAGACUGCUAGGGGGCUACAUAAGAAACUGUUCGGGAAUGAGAAUGGGAGUGGGAAGGGAGUGACAUCAUUUGAGAAAAAGAAUGAGGUGAAGGCGUUGACGAAGGUGAAAACCGUGAUAGAGCAUGAAGCUUGCAACCUUGGCGAGUAUCAUGAAAAUGGAAAGUGCUUGCUUGAGGAGUAA